UUUUUUUUGUAUAGUAACAUUUACAUUUCCAUUCCAAACGCCAUUUUUGAUUUGAGAAAUCGGGAUAACACGAUCACGUCUAUAUCCAUUUUUCAUUGUUGAUUGUAUUCACAAUUCUAUAUAUUGUUACAAUUAUUGUGCGCCACGCUACGGUGAUAUUCAACAACCGCAUUAUAUAUUAUUUGUUCUACUGAAUUAACAACUAUCGCUCAUACAAGGGACAAUGAGUGACUCACCAGAUCAGAAUGAUCCACCAAAAGAUCCAAAAGAAUUGGAAAAGUUGGAAGAGGCAAAGUUGAAAGCCAAAUUUCCCAAUGCAAUGUUGGGAAGGGGGCCGGGAGGCCAUUCUGCAUUUUUACAGAAAAGGCUUGCCAAAGGACAAAAGUUCUUCGACUCCGGCGACUACCAGAUGGCGAAGCAGCGGCCCGCGAACCUCGCGGCGCCUUUCAAGACGCCCGCCGUCCCCGCCAAGAUCCCCACUGGCGACGCUAUCCCCACACCAGACACUGUUCCUGUGCGGAAGACGUCCAUCAUACAGCCCAAGUUCCAGCCGCCGAGCCAGACGUCCUAGCCGGUCGCGCUGGCGACAGGCGUACACGAACACGAUUAAUUCCAACAAAGCUUAUAUAAUGUUAGCUAUCUAAUGACACGCUAACAUAUUCUUCGAGCGUAAAACCCCUAUUCCUAAACCCUCUAUAAACAGUAAUAGAAAUCAACAGUUUAUUAAUAUUCCAGAUAAAAUAUGUCACGUCUCUUUCAAAGUCAAAUCCUGAAAAGAGAGAUAGGGACAAGACACAUUUUACUAUUUUAGGAUGACCAAAUUUUUUCUUGAAUGAAGCGGCAAAGAUUGUUUAUUAAUAACAUUCUGUUUCCACUUGUCUAAAUUGACGCUAAGAUAUUCUUUCUCACUCCGUUUACAUGAGUGAAAAGCAUAUUAUGCUUUUUCACUGUGCUCUAGUUGAAACUAUAUUUUUGUAUUGAAUUUAGCUUUCACAUUAUAUUUGUCUGCUGCUGAUGUUGAAUUGCGUGCUUUUUAUGUGGCAUUGCGCAAAUAUAUAAAGCAAACUUCUACGUAAUUAGAUAUAAUAUUAGUUGGUUUAAUUGGGAUCACCACUAAAUUGGUACGGCAAAGUUAGGGGUUUUAUACUCAUUUAUUAUUAUAUGAACGUAUGCACCUUUUGGGUAGCACCUAUUUGUGUUAGUUAAGUUCUCAUUUCGUCACAUUUCUAUUUUGUAGCACAGAAAUUUCAUCGACCAUGUGAUUUGAAAUAAUUUCGAUGGCACAUAUUAAAUGUUCUAUGUUGAAAUUUUAACGAAACUUUUAUAAGAACAACUGUUAUAUUCAUGUGUAAAUUUAGGUAUAGUGAUGCGUGUUGGGAUGUGUUUUAUGUGCAGUUUAGUUUGAUUUGCCGAUGCUGUCGUUGCCAAUUUUAUAGUAGAGACUUACUGCAAAAAUAAUUAAGUUUAUGAGCGUUUUUUGUUUUACUUUUAUUUUAUUUUCAAGCGAUGAAAUUGAACAUACAUAGUACCAGGCUUAAUAUUGUGACAAGCGUAAAAUGAAAAACACACAAACGUUAAUAGCAUAUCCAUUGCAUGUAACUUCUGUACAUACAUAGCGAUGUCAACAUAGAAUCAUUAGAUAUAUCAUGUAACAUGUUUAAAAAUAAUGAAUUUUUAACUAUAGCAGUCAAAUGUGUUACAUUAUUCUGAUAACUUAGGCCGAUUUAGAUUUAUACACUUUGAGCUCAUCUUUAUUGUGUCUGUGUCGAAAAACAAGUACUAGUAUGUUUCUGUUUGUAGAUUUGAAAUACAAAGAUGUCUUAGUCAUACAGUCCAGCUCAUCAAGCUACCCAAAUUCAUUGCGAAUUCGCGUAGUAUUUCCACGAUAAAGAUCCAUGCAGGGUAACUUUCCUUGAGAUCGACUGUACAUGCAUUAUUUGGAAAUUUCUUUAUAAAUUACUGUGUUGCUCAUCAUCACAAUCACCUAUGAUGCGAACAUCUAAUCAUUACAAAGGUGUCAAUGACUGCAUAUGUCUAAAUCAGCCUUUAUUAUAAAGGCAUUUUCACAAGGUCUCUGUACAUAAUUGCCAUAAAUAAGUAUUGAUAAAGUGAUUAAAAUUAAGGCGACGAAUUGUUAGAUCUGUCCUCUAGUACAACUGGGAUAUAUUUUUAUAUCAGGAUAUUUAAUUCUAAAAAAAACAUAUAUUUUUGUAUGCUCAUUAUUUCUAAAGAUAGUUUCACAUUCGUUCAACUUAUUUCUGUUGCAUUUAUGUAUUACAGCACAGCAAGUUUAAACAUAUUAACUAAGAAACCGUAGUAGUGUGAAAGAUUAUAGAUGCAACCUACGACAGACGAGUAAUUAUAGCACAGGCAUCGUAUUAUAAUGUAACUUUGUUAUUAUGUACACUGGUACCUAAUAACUAAGUUACAUACACGGUUGGAACUGCACUCGCAAGUUGCACCUCUCUUUGACACUUGAAAUAAAGUUGUAAAAUACACGAUUUUAAAUCAUGACAAUCAUGCUUUGAAUAGUGUAUCCCAACCCAAAUUUGCGUAUGACACAUGAGUUUAGAUACUAUUCUGACUCGUGUAUUUAAUUUGUGAAAUGUAGGCGGCCAUGGCAAACCUCUCCAUAAGAAAGUUGUGUUUCAAUGAAUGACCACGACCCUCCCAUGUGGGGCGCGACUGUGAGAAAGUAUCCCAAGUUGUACAGAGGCAUCAUUGUUCCAUGUGAUCGCACAGGUGUGAUAUGUGUACCGAUUAAGGGAAUGUUGAAUUAGGGAGUAUAAUUAAAAUAAAUUCUUGGUAAAAAA